AUGCCGCAACAGCCUCUAGACGUGUCCCUUCUGAGAAACGCGCUGCGAAUGGUCCACUGUUUGCAAAAGGAACGUGGCUCAUCUCUUUACUACUACGCUGACAAGGAUCGAUUUGAGAAUAUAAUGCUCAAGAAUCGUUCUGUGAGUAAUGUUGCAGCAAUGCUUAUGCAAGACAAAAUUCAAACCAUUCAGCCAAACUUGAAAAAGAUUCGAAACUUGAUCGACACCGAGAGAGAAUCCAACCACGAAUUGAUCUUCCAUCGCAUUCUCGUUUGUUUCAGCAUACUCACAUCGGCCAUCAUGAAUGAAUGCAUCGUUCCUCAAGUUCCUGGUCAAUAUCACAAGAGUAUAAUCAAAAGACACAAAAGGAAUAGUUUGUCAAUGGAGUUGAAUUCGCAUUUGAAGAGUCCUGAUCAUUCAAUGAGGAGACCGGCUUCGUCCAACAGUUUGAAUGAGUCGCCUUCGACACUGGUGAUACCACUAGAUCCUGAAUCUAUGGUAAAUAAGCUACACGAAAGCUUCGAUUCAAAUGUACAUGAUCUGUUGAAUCUACUGCAUAUAUUUGUUCAACUGAAGGAAUCAGCUGGUAUUGAACGUGCAAUUUUAUCUACAGUGGUGGUAUUUCGACAGCAAGAAAACCAUUCGAUUCGGAUGAUGCUGAACGAUUUGGUGCUGCAGGUCGAAAAUCAACGUUCGUUAGUGCAUAAACUCGAGCAUCUCCCAUCGGGUCAUCAUAGAAACCUUGUUCUCGAACUUUCUGAAAUGUCACCUCGAUUGAAGGAGCUACAAACAUUCAUUUUGAACGACUUUGAAGCCUUGCAAAACCAGAAUUACGACUCGGAGGGUCUUUGGAAUUUGUUAACGGGGUAUAUUGAUAAGUUGCGCUCUAUUGAGUUGCUGAUUGUAGAGGAUCUUGAAAUUUCCCUUCCUUUCUUCAACAAGUCUAGCUCGGGAUUUAUGACGCAUUCUGAGGCUGUGCGAGAGUCGAAAGAACAAUCGUCAGCUCCAGAAAGUCUGAAGAUUGCUCUGAAGGAAGUUCUCUCGACAUCUACUGCAUCAACAGAGCUAUUGUCACUGGUAGAAAUAAUGUCCGCUGAAGAGGUCAAAAUGGGUUUAAUCGGAGCAUUGGAUGGGGAGGACACUUGUAAAAAUGAAACAGAAAUAAUGCAGAAAACAACGAUAAACAACCUUUCAGCGUUAAGCUUGAAUCAAGAUAUGCAGCUCGCGCUGCAGGCACAAGUUGGACGGGAAAAAAGCAAGGCGUGGGAUAUUUCAAUCUACGAGAUCAAAUUUAAUAGGAGAAUCGGGGAAGGGGCAUCUGCAACAACUUAUCUGGCUGAUUGGUCGGGACAGAAGGUUGCAGUCAAGGUUGCAUCGAUCACUGAGUUCGGCUUGGAUGGAUGGAGAAGAGAGGUCGCUGCUCUUCAACGUUUGCACCACCCGAAUGUCAUUCGCCUUUUGGGUAGUAUCGAGCAUCAAAAUCCACUGACAUAUUGUUUGGUGCUUGAAUAUUGCAAUGCCGGCGACUUGAAUACAGCACUGAAAUAUCCAACUCCAAGGAACUUUUUUUUUCACGUUGGAAUUAGCGUUGCUAACGCAAUGUCAUACUUACACUCUCGACAUAUUGUGCAUAGAGACCUAAAGCCCCAUAACGUUUUGAUCGAUGGGACUGUUGCUAGUGGAAAAUUUGCCGUCAAGGUAACAGAUUUUGGUGUGGCCGCAGAUCACUUUGUCGUGGACACCGAGGGAGGUUGUGGCAUUGCAUCAUCAGAAACGACACCGAUGCUGAAUCUGACAGGGGAGACUGGGACAUACCGAUGGAUGGCUCCGGAAGUUAUUAGGCAUGAACCGUAUUCAAGCAAAGCAGACGUCUAUUCAUUUGCUGUUAUACUAUGGCAAUUGCUGACACACGACGAACCAUUCGUGGAUUUGGAGGCCGCGGAUGCUGCGAAUCUUGUUGCGAAUAAUAAGUUAAGGCCACCUUUUCCAGGUGGAGCGCCUACGAAACUCGUUGAUCUAAUCAAGACCAAUUGGAGUGAUGACGCUUCAGAGAGGUGUAAAUUCGACAAACUUGCAGAGAGGCUCGAGGAGAUGAAGGACGAGUUAUCUUUGAUACAAAAACAGUGGCUUGACAUGGCGGAUGGCCACCCCGUCUAUGUGUAUGAUCUUCUAGAUAUAGACCAAGAGGUUGUAUCACCGGAUAUCAAAGCACAUCAUGUCGCAGACAAAGGAAGAAAAAGAGCAAGUGGGCUUCUUGGUAGCUUCUUUGGAGUUCAGAAAACUAAUCAAAAAAAAAGAGCAUCGAAGUCAAGCAUCAAAUGA